GGGCAGGGGGCUUACAAAAUACCACGUACAGCGCGAGUAUAUAUAGCCACAAGCGCGGUCCGAGGAGCAUCUUCACUUCGCCCUCACCCUCGACAACAUGAAGCUGAUCCUGGUCGCCUGCCUGUUCGCCGUGGCUCUCGCCCGCCCUCAGGACCUCAACGACGUCCCUAUCCUUCGGGACGACCGCUUGAACGAGGGUAAUGGCAACUUCAACUACGACUUCGAGACUGGAAAUGGCAUUGUCGUUUCAGCUGUUGGAGCUCCCGGUGUCGAGGGCCAGAGCAAUAUCCAGGGAACAUACACGUACCCAGUUGGUGAUGGCACCGUAGUCGAGGUUACAUACACCGCUGACGAGAACGGAUUCCGUCCAUCCGUCAGGCUCGUGAAGAACUAAAAGAAGCUUUAAAAACACCUCUCGUUGCCUGACACCUAAACAUCACCCGUCUGACACCUGACACGCCAACGACACCGAUGCCCGAAGUUCCGUCAACUGCACACAUCUUUACCCUGUUGUCUUUCCACUACACGCAUACAUACAUAUCCCAAAUGUUGAGUUUCGCAACGACUCGCCUUCCUCUCUGUUUCUCCCUUCUAAUUCCACCUCCGACGCCAUCGCGCCGACCUUUGACCUGACCUUCGCUGUGCACUCGUGUAUAUAUACUUUUCUGUUGCCUCUACAGCGUCCUCGGCACUGGGUACUACUAUUGUUUCCUUAAAUGCAAUAAAAUAUUCGUUCAAA